UUCCGGAAGACGUGGCGGCCGGCUCUCUCGGGGUGCUUCCCGGCUUCCUCCGCUCCCCCCGCGCCCCGCUUCUCCUCGCCCUCAGUUUCGGGGUGUCGCCGCCGUCCUCGCCGCCGCAAUCAUGAUCUCCUUAACGGAUACACAGAAAAUUGGUAUGGGCCUCACCGGGUUCGGUGUUUUCUUCCUGUUCUUUGGAAUGAUUCUCUUCUUUGACAAAGCCCUGCUCGCCAUUGGAAAUGUUUUAUUUGUGGCGGGCUUGGCUUUUGUCAUUGGUUUAGAAAGAACGUUCAGAUUCUUCUUCCAGAAACAUAAAAUGAAAGCUACGGGGUUUUUCCUGGGCGGCGUGUUUGUGGUCCUUGUCGGCUGGCCUUUGAUAGGCAUGAUCUUUGAAAUCUAUGGGUUCUUUCUUCUAUUCAGGGGCUUCUUUCCAGUGGUGAUUGGUUUUAUUAGAAGAGUACCAGUUCUUGGAUCACUCUUAAAUCUGCCUGGAAUUAGAUCAUUUGUAGAUAAAAUGGGAGAAAGCAACAAUAUGGUGUAACACACGAAGAAGACUCCUUUAAAAUAAUUGUGUUAUUUAUAAAAAAACAACAACAAAAACACACAAACAUCCUUUGAAGACUAUUCAGCACAAAAUUGGUUACAGGAAAUAGCUCAUUGUGUGCUUUCUGGAAGUUUCGAAACUACCAAGUACCAAGGAAGCAGUGUGUGAGAGCCAACUUCUAAUCAAGUGAUCUCGAGAACUUAAGCUGCGGUAGGGUGGGGUGAAGUCUGUUACGACUUUCUAGAACUUUCCACGGGCUACAAAACACAACCAUCCAUCAAAAACAAUGACACCUGUUACUUUUGAUGUUCUUUUUAUAUUAUUAUUGGUGUUUUUUUUAAGAUUCAAGAAUACCAUAGGAAGUUGUUUUUUUGUUUUGUCUUUUUUUUUUUCCUUCAUGUCCAAUAUGAUGGUUAAAAAACAUUCUCGUGUGCACUGAGUUAAUUGUUGAUGGUGUUGGAUGAUGUCAUUUUCAAGGAAAACCCAACUUUUGCUAUCAAAAUCCUUUUUUUUUUUUCCUUUGUAAACCAGGUCAAAAUAAAACCUUGUGGUUCUGAAUCUAAAUGUUCUCAAGCUAGAAAAAAAUUAAAUCUUUGUUGAAACACAUAGAGGUCAUUGCUCAGUAGGGGUUUUUGUUGUUGUUCCUGAAUUAGAGCUAACUCAAAUGUUUCUUGGUCAACAACAUAAUUCGGAGAUGACUAUGACAUUCUGCCUGUGUCAUUCAUCCCGUGUAAGCCAAAAGCAUUCUAGAACCUACUAUAAGCCAAAAGCAUUCUAGAACAUACCAUAUAGUCUGUUACAUCCUUGUUUCAUUGAAUUGUUUCUUAGUUGAGAUACUACAUGAUGCGGAAAGCAAAUGGUUUUUCCAUGUUGUGAAGUUGGUUUGUUCUUUUUUUAUCUUUUACUUCCAAAAUUUGACAAUGGUCUGGCCAUUUUAAUUAAGUUAAUUGUCUAAUUUUUGCCCUGAUCAAAUUAAAGGCUUAAACUAAACUAAUGGCCUUUUGGUAAUGUGGACGGUAAGAUUGGCAACAUGUGCUAGAACUUAACAACUGUUUCAGAAGGUCUGUCUAUUUAAUCUUGAGUUUUCUCCAAUGUUCAGCAUUUUGCUGUAAAAGUCAAUACACUCGCUCUCUGCCCAUGAGUUAGUGAAGAAAAUCACAGCAUUCUCGUGCUGGAAUUAAAGUGACUGUGGUUUCUUAAAAACAUGAUACUGAAGAAAGAAAAUUAGUGUUUGGUUUAAUUUUUUCCUUCCGUCAUUGAUGGACAAUAAUAAACAAUGAUUUCCUUAGUUUGGACAGUGGUAGCUUUAGUGGCAAAUUUAGGGGUGCAUUUUAAAAGCCCCUUUUUGACUAAUUGCUUUCCUGCUAAUGAUUGCACUAUUUAUUUUUUAUUUAACACAUGCAAAGCUUUGAAUACAGA